CGCAACUCGAUCCUCCAGACACACCCCCGAUCCUGAGUGCAAUUCCAGUACAAUGUCGCAGAAAGAACAAGUCCAAAACCCGCCCGUGGAAGUGGACGACGACGACGAACCUGACGACUGGGACAAGCGGAUCUUCAGUACGGGCUGCGCAGUGGAGCAGGACAAGAUGAAUGACUGCUAUUUUGCCAAAAAGGAUUGGCGCAGUUGCAAGGACGAGAUGGAGGCUUUUCGCGAAUGCUGGAAGCGCCAGGGCAACGACCAGCGCACUCAGACCCAGGAUGCGUGACGGCCUGCGAAUACCCCGGAGCAGGACAAUACUCUAGUUCAUGCAUCUGGCCCCGGGCUGUAUACUAUUCAUUCUGCUGCACCUGUACCAUAGAUUCUGACUCAAUCCAUCUACUCUACUCCGUCC